AUGCUCCAGAGAUCCUGCACGUCCAGGAUGCUCACGUGCACUACAGCGCUGCUGAAGCGCAGUGGCAAGCCAGGCGAUUUACCCGACUACAAGCAAGCAUACUUGCCGUACGACAUUGCGCCGACGAAGAUGGAGCUUGACAGAGAGCGUCGGAAGUUCAUGCACGCGUACUCUGGUCGCAUGGAGCACCGGAAGAUGGUAGAGGUAAAGGAUGUGCCACAGAACAUGUACACCUAUGGCAAAGAGGGCAUGUCUAUCCCCAUCUCCAUCUUCAAGGAUCAAACCGACCCUAUUAUCGGACCUGAGUGGACCUAUCCGGGCAUUUUCGAGAACAAAAUCGUGUCACAGCACUGGUACAUGGAAGAGCUCUUUGACCGCGAGAAGAGCAACACGUUUGAGUCGCCGUGGCAGCGCCAAGUGUUGGACAACCAAGUGAAGCGCCGCCUCGGUAAAGUUGCGUGGCGAAUGUCGAUGCUCAAUAUAAAGACCAUCGACAUCUUCCACAAGGAGCGGGGUCCGUCAAAGAGACCGGGUGCGGCGGAUGUGAAGGCCCCACAACUGGCCAAAAAGAAGUAG